AUGCCUCGCCGUCGAAGCACCACCGCCAUCGCCGCCACGCGACCCGUCUUCCCCCGAUACCUGCUUCCAAGCCUCGGUUUCGCGCUGCCUCACCGGCCCCCGUCACCAACAACGCCGUUCGCAACGCCGUCCACGUCGUCGGCUGCCCCUCCGCCCAGUCCCAGCCGCCGCGUCUCGCGCACCGCCCCCGACACGCUACGCUGCACCGCAUGCGCAACCGACCUGGCGCUCGCCUCGCAAAUCAUCUCCAAGGGCUUCACGGGCCGCCACGGCCGCGCGUUCCUCGUCGCGCCGCCGCCCGCGCCGCACCCGCAGUCCCUGCUGAACAUACGCGUCGGCAAGAGCGAGGACCGCCAGCUCGUGACGGGCUGGCACGUCGUGGCCGACAUUUGCUGCGCGACAUGCGCGCGCAAGCUCGGCUGGAAGUACGUCGACGCCAGGGAGCAGUCGCAAAAGUACAAGGUGGGCAAGUACAUCCUCGAGACGGAGCGGGUCGUGACGCACCGUAGCUGGGACGACCGCGCGGUCCGGGACGACGGCGGGCUGGGCGGUUGGGGAGAGCUCGUCGGGGGGGCUGGUGCGCGGGAGGGCGGCGCGAUCCAGUUUGACUCGGAGGACGAGGACGAGUGUGAGGAUGUCUUUGCUGGGACGUGGGACGCCGUGGCAGCGGCGAGGAGGCGCGUUCGCUUUUGCGGUGGGCAUCUGAAACUGGUAAUUGCGCUGGGUCUGUUGAAGAUCGUCCGGCGCUGGAACCUUUGCUACGAGUGA